AUGUCGGUGGUUAAAGCGCUAGCCGAAAAGGGACACAAUGUGACCGUUGUUAGUUUGUUCAAACCCAAAGUGAAUCAUAAAAAUAUAACCAACAUUAUUAUACCACCUUUGGAGAAGCAUAUGGCGAGUUAUCAAGCAGCGGUGGCACGGUUGGCCAAUAGCUAAACGACUGUUAUUGAACUGUUUGGAAG